UCAUUAGGGCGACUUCGAUCAGACUGGAUCAGAUGGUGUUAGUGAUUAUCUUGGGAAGAAAAUUUCGAUUUGUGUGUAACGUGCUAAACAUAUAAGCAAUCAUGUUGAGGUCACGUCUCAUUAAUGUGCAGAAAGCUAUUAAACGCAACAUCAGCACCAACGUUCCUGCUUUGCAGAAAGCAAGUGAUCCCAUACAGCAGCUCUUCGUUGACAAACUUCGGGAAUAUAAAUCAAAAAGCGUAGGUGGGAAAUUAGUUGAUCCCAGUCCGGAUAUCACAAGAGAACGAGAUUCUGAAUUAGAAAAACUUAACACGCAAUAUGGUGGUGGUUCAGGAGUAGAUAUGACUCAAUUUCCUCAAUUUAAAUUUGUUGAUCCACCUGUGGAUACGGGUAUUAAAAACUGAACAUGUAUCGAUAUGUAUCAAUAGGACAUUCAUGUAUUGUUGAACUAUUAAAUAUUAAGUAAGUCAUCUUAAAAAUAUAUAUAGCUGUAAAUUAUAA